GGCACCAUGAAGUCUCUAAAGAAGGACUACCGUAUGAGAAUACCAACAAGCAGAUUAUUGGAAGCCGCAGAGGCCUGGAAAGAAAAGAAGCGGGCAAAGCUUCCUGAGCAGCCCACACCCCCCAUUCAGGAAGAACCAGAGCCUGUUAGCAAUGUUCUCCAAGGAGACGACAUCCUGGCCUUAGCCAUUAAGAAAGAAGACUUGAAGAAGCAACACACUCUUUGCCUGGAAACGAAAGAUAAACCUGCCAUUACCAAGAAUGUUACCAUUCGUAAAUUCAAACCGAAGGAUCCUAUGAGGAAGGCCUGCCACUUAGUAGCACAUCCUGCUACUCCUGAUGCGGCCACCAAGCCCCUCGACUACUCUGGCCUGGGCGUCAGCUUAGGUGACAGUGACCAGAUCCUGCCCCACCACAUCUUGGGGAGUCUUCAGGACUUUAAGAGGAUUGCACUUGCUCGAGGGAAUACCCAGCUGGCUGAACUGAUCCAUACUCCACCCUGUCUGAUGACCCUCAUCUCAGAGCAGGAAGAGCCAACUCAAAAGGAAACUCCCAAAGCAAAGAAGGCACAUCUAUGGGCCCCACCUUCUCAGCACAACUUUCUGGAAAACUGGAGACGCAACAUUGCCCUGCGGAAGAAGCAGCAGAAAGCCCUCAGUGAACACCUGAAGAAGCCUGUCAGUGAGCUGCUGAUGCACACUGGGGAGACCUACAGACAGAUCCAGGAGGAGCGAGAGUGCAUUGACCGAGCCCUUCCUACAAAGCAUGAUGGGAAGUGCUGUGAGGAGAGCCGUGGGUUCUGGAAUCCACUGGAAUGUGUGGGAGAUGAAAUGACAGGUCUGAUCAUGACAAAGACUAAAACUCAAUGUGGCCUCCUGGAACCAAUCACUCACAUCAGGAAGCCUUGCUCUAUCCGCACGGAGAUGGGAUUACCGGCCCAGAAGGAUGCUUGGUACCGAUAUACCUGGGAUCGGAGUCUGUUUCUGAUCUAUCGACGCAAGGAGCUGCAGAGAAUCCUGGCUGAGCUAGACUUCAGCCAGCAGGAUAUUGAUGGCCUUGAGGUGGUGGGCCAAGGGCAACCUUUCUCAGCUGUCACGGUGGAAGACUAUGCCCUAUUUGAAAGUACCCAGGAAAGCUCCUCUGAAGACACAGAGAAUGUAGAUGUACUGGUCAGUUACCCUGAUGAGGUCCCUAUGCCGAUUCUUGGCCCUUCCCUGCUAUUCUGUGGGAAGCCAGCAUGCUGGAUCAGAGGCAGUAACCCACAGGACAAGAAUCAGGUCGGAAUUGCUGCCCGCUUGGUCUUUGAAACCCUAGAAGGGAAGAAAACAUCUUCAGAGCUGACUGUGGUCAAUAAUGGUACAGUGGCCAUUUGGUACAACUGGCGGCGACAGUCCCAGCUGCAAUCUUUCCAAGACUUGAAGAGAAACAGGAUGCAGCGGUUUUACUUUAACAACCGGCCAGGAGUGAUCCUGCCUGGAGAAACGAAAAAGUUCACCUUCUUCUUCAAGUCUCGGAAUGCUGGGAUCUUCAGGGAAUCCUGGGAGUUUGGAACUCAUCCUACCCUCCUGGGAGGUGCCCUCCUGCAGGUCAAUCUCCAAGCAAUUUCCCUGACCCAGGAUGUUUUUAAGGAGGAGAGGCAGUUACUGAAGAGCAAGCUGUCUGCCCACGAAGCCGUUACCAUUGUGGAGAGCAUGCUGCAGGAAGUGCUGAAGGGAAUCCGGACCCCGGAACGAGUGCCAUCACCUAUGGAUGCCUAUCUCACCGAGGAGGACUUGUUCCACUAUAAGAAUCCUCGGUUGCAUUACCAGUACCAGGUGGUACAGAGCCUGCAUGAACUUUGGCACCAGUACAUGACCGUGCCCCCCAAGCCUGAGGAGGCCAGGCCGGACGACGAGGAGCAGCUCAGCACCCGAGUCCAGACCACCAUGGCCCAGUCAGCUGGGGAGAAGGGCUCCAUGAACUCCAAUCUCUUGAACCACUUGAAGGGCCCAGUCCUAGAAGCCCAACUGUCCCGGCCUGAGAAUGAGGCUCUGCGAGAUGCCUUCAUGUUCCAGCAGUCCAGAGGGCUGGUCUGGUCUUCUCAGUGGAAAAGCAUCAUGGAGGGGCUCCUGGCGGAGGAGAGUCCAGACAUGGAGAGUACCAGGAGCCUGGGAGAAUCUGAGAACCUUCCCUCACCCGACUGGAACCUCAGCUUGGAAGACUUCAAAAAGGCAGCGAUGACACUCCCCGAGGAAAGCCAACGAGAAGACGCCCUCAUCAGACUCAACAAGGGUGCCCUGGAGCUGUGUCAAGAGCAGAGACCGCUGCAGUCUGACUUCCUGUACCAGACCUGUUUGCAGCUGUGGCGGGAAGUCAUUGACAGCCUGGUGAGCUACUCCCUGUGGCUGAGGACUCUGCUGGGCCUGCCUGAGAAGGAGACUGUUUAUUUGGAUGUGUCAGAUGAGCAAGAUCAGAAAUCACCUCCCAUCAUGGAGGCAAAGACACCUGUUGGAAGACUGGGGAAGGAGGACCGGAAAGGGACAUCCCAGGAAAAGAAGCCACUAGGAAUCAAAGACAAAGAAGAUAAAAAGACAGCCAAGUUGCCAGUGAAAGAGGACCGUGUAAACAGCAAGAAGUACAAAGCAAAGGAAGAGAAGAAAUUAACAAAAUCUGCAAGUCGGGACAGGCUUUCCAUGGAGGAUAUUGUCCGCGACAGUACCACCCCUUCCCAAGAACCGAUAGACCCCCUGGUCAUGGAGAAAUACGUCCACAGGCUGCGCAUCGAGGUCUAUGGGCUGCUGGACGUCCUGGUGACUGACAUGAUGGUCCUGGCUGAUGAACUCAACCCCAUGAAGAAUAUCGAGUAG